AUGUCCAGGUCAGAACAGGGAAAGAAUUCUGAGCCCAGUGGCCCCGAAGUGAGUCUGGAGCUGAGGCCAACAGCCCCGGGCAACCAGGGACGCAGCAACGCAGCCUUCCAGGAUGAAGACUUUGAAGAGCAGAACACACCAGGAAACAGCACAGUCAGGAGCAGAUCCAUACAGAGCGGGGAACAAGGAAAUGCCAAGCAGGGUGACAGGCAGAUCACGAUUGAGCAGGAGUCUCUAGGAAACAAAGAAGACAUGGAGGAGGAUGACCAAGAUGAACAUCAAAAAGGGUGUUUGGAAAGGAAGUAUGAUCUGAUUUGUGAGUUUUAUAGAAAGCAUAGAAUCAUUAUUCGGCACACCAUCGGGGGCAUUUUAUUGACAGUUUUCCUGGCUCUGGUGGUUGCAGCCUGUGUACUAAACUUCCACAGAGCCCUGCCUCUUUUUGUGAUCACCGUGGUUACCAUCUUCUUUGUCAUCUGGGAUCACUUGAUGGCCAAAUAUGAGCAGCGAAUUGAUGAGCUCCUGUCUCCAGGCAGAAGGCUUCUCGACAGGCAUUGGUUCUGGCUGAAAUGGGUGUUGUGGAGCUCAUUGAUCCUGGCCGUCAUUUUCUGGUUGAUCCUUGACACUGCCAAAUUGGGCAAUCAGCAGCUGGUGUCCUUUGGCGGACUUGUGAUGUACAUUAUACUGUUAUUUCUCUUUUCCAAACAUCCAACCAGAGUUUACUGGAGGCCUGUCUUUUGGGGAAUCGGAUUACAGUUUCUUCUUGGGCUCUUAAUUCUUAGGACUAAGCCUGGAUUUAUUGCUUUUGAUUGGCUGGGGAAACAAGUUCAGACUUUUCUGGGGUACACUGAUGCCGGAGCUAUGUUUGUCUUUGGGGAGAAGUAUACAGAUCACUUCUUCGCAUUUAAGAUCCUGCCCAUCGUGGUCUUCUUCAGCACUGUGAUGUCCGUGCUCUACUACGUGGGAUUGAUGCAGUGGAUCGUCAGAAAGGUUGGAUGGCUAAUGCUUGUCACUAUGGGGUCAUCCCCCAUUGAGUCUGUCGUUGCUGCCGGCAACAUAUUUGUUGGGCAAACGGAGUCUCCACUGCUGGUCCAACCAUAUUUACCACACGUCACCAGGUCAGAACUCCACGCCAUUAUGACAGCUGGCUUCGCUACAAUCGCUGGAAGCGUAUUGGGUGCCUACAUCUCUUUCGGGGUGUCCUCCACACACUUGCUAACCGCCUCAGUCAUGUCGGCACCUGCGUCCCUGGCCGUAGCCAAGCUCUUCUGGCCAGAAACAGAGAAACCCAAAGUGACCCUCAAGAACGCCAUGAAAAUUGAAAACAGCGAUUCAAGAAAUUUCCUGGAGGCGGCAACACAGGGCGCAUCCUCGUCCAUCCCCCUGGUAGCAAACAUCGCCGUGAAUCUGAUCGCCUUCCUGGCCUUGCUGUCUUUUGUGAACUCAGCCCUGUCCUGGUUUGGAAACAUGUUUGACUACCCGCAGUUGAGUUUUGAGCUCCUCUGUUCCUACAUCUUCAUGCCCUUUUCCUUCAUGAUGGGAGUCGACUGGCAAGACAGCUUUAUGGUUGCCAAACUCAUAGGUUACAAGACGUUCUUCAAUGAGUUUGUGGCUUAUGACCACCUCUCAAAAUUGAUCAAUUUGAGAAAAGCAGCCGGACCCAAAUUUGUGAAUGGCGUACAGCAAUAUAUGUCGAUUCGUUCUGAGACCAUUGCGACUUACGCCCUCUGUGGUUUUGCCAAUUUUGGUUCCCUGGGAAUAGUGAUCGGCGGACUUACAUCCAUAGCUCCGAGCAGAAAGCGCGACAUUGCCUCUGGAGCAGUGAGAGCCCUGAUCGCAGGGACCGCUGCCUGCUUUAUGACAGCCUGCAUCGCAGGCAUACUCUCUAGUACCCCCACAGAUAUCAACUGCCAUCACAUUCUGGAGAACACCAACUUACUCAGCAACACAACUGAAGUGGUGUCUUGUUGCCAAAGUCUGUUGAGCAGCACGGUCAUCAAGGGACCAGAUGAGGUCGUCCCAGGAGGAAACUUCAGCCUCUACUCUGUGAAGAGCUGUUGCAAGCUGCUGAAGCCAUCGACUCUGAACUGUAGUUGGGUCUCUGCUGCUACACCAUGA